AUGACAGGUGAAUCACCCAGUCUCGAUGAGUUGAAUGCGAUUAUGAAUCUCGAGAGGAAGGAAGCCUUUGACGACCCCAACAGCGAACUGUCCGAUCUAGACAAUCAAGAGACCCCCGAAGAAAAAUUGAUGAAAAUCAUUGACCAACCACUUCCGGGAAUUCCAAAAGCGAAGCAAGAUUUGUUCAAGAGAUCACAAGCAGCGCGUCAGAAAUCCUCACGGACUCGCUAUUCCUACAUUGCUUCGGGGGGUGGCACGGUACACGCCAAUCGAUUUCAGUUUGAAGAUCCCCUUGAUCCCGAAAAGAACGAGUGGAGAAAAACAUUGAAUGCAAGUUACAAUGGUUCCACUAAUAACGACAAUACUAGUGCAACCAAUGGUUUUGCAGGGAUUCAACGAGUGUCAAGUAACUCGUCGGGUGUGAGCCAAGACUUCUACGUACCAACCUCGGCAGGAAGUGGCAGGCAAAAGAAACGAUUGAGUGCCCGAUCUCUAAACGAUGGAACCGAAAGUUUGACUUCUACGGAUACUCGCAACACUACUAGUGAACGACGAGCACGAAGAUCAAAGAAUAGCUCUCAUUCUCGAUCUAGUCUGAACCCAGCAAGCACUACCUCCUCACUUAACGAUUCGGACCACAAGGAGUCUAGCAUUUCAUCCAAUGAUCAUUUGGAAGUUCCUUCACAAGGUGCUGGAAAGCCACCAGUGCCACGAAAAGUACGAAGGGGGUCCAGGACUCAACCAGAUGACGCACAACAGCCACAGGUGGCAAGGCAAACCAUGCGAGGUCGCAGGAGGGGGAGUCGUGAUGCUCAAACAAUGCAGGCCAAUACUAAUCAAGCCGCUGCGGCUGGUCGAGGUAAUAAUCGCCAACGACGAGCCAAUAGUCAAGAUGCCGAAAGUAGUAAUCGAAGAUCCAGCAGCAAGGAUGCGCAAGGCAUGCGUCAAGCCACUAGGAGAAGCACAUCAAGGGGACAGAUGGCAGGCUUUGAACAAGCGUGGACGCAAUCUCCGGGCAAUAAUGGAGAGGCUGUGAGGGUUCCUCCGUUGCGAAGAGGAAAUGGCGCGGAAGUCAAUGGGAAAAGAAGGGGUGCACGACCAAGUACUGCCAACUUGGCAAACUUUGAGCAAGCAUGGGAAGAAGGGGGAACAGAUGGGGAUCUUGCUGUUGCUGCAUCGAUCGAGCCAAAUCUGCAGCGAUCCAUUACGAGUGAUAGCAUGAACAAGAAGAGAACGAAACGGGAAAAGAUUUUUGAAUUGCAAGCCAAGUGCGAUCGCUAUAAGAAAGAAUGGAUAGAAGCUAGCAAAGACAAGAAGAAGGUUCGGAAGGAAUUGCAAGAUGUUCAGGUCAGUAUUGUGUCGCUAAAUAUGCAAAUUGAUACACAAAAGGCCGAGACGGAAAUCUUGCAAAAGCAAUUGACGGACACGGUUCAAAAACUGAUGGAAUCCAAAAGGGUUCAAGAAAAGGAACGUGCCGAGGCUGAUGAGACUGCCCAGGAACUGGAACAAUCCAAACUCGACUACACCAAAGUCACUAGUGAGUCUCGCGAAUUGAGAACUCGUAUCGAUGAAUUGGAAGAUAGCCUGAGUGACAAAGACAAGCAGAUUGCUUCCUUGAAUCAUGAUGUUGCGGAAAGUAAGAAAUUGAUUGAAGAACUCAAAUUAGAUUUGAUUCACGCCGAUGAUGAAGGUAUUUUGCUGGAAAAGGAACUGAAACGGCUGGAACAAGAGUUGGAAGCCUACAAGGAGGCCGCUGAAAAGGAUCAGGAAGAAGGAAAUGAAGGGAAUCUUCGUAAGGCACAAAGUGACAUCGAAAAGCGGUUGCAUGAUGAGAAGGAGCGUCGACUUCAUGAGAAGCAGUUAAAGCUUGAUGCCAAAAUUAAGGAGUUUGAGGAGCAAAAGGAAAAGGCACAGCAAGAGCAGCAAAACAGACAAAAGGAGAUGGCUAAUCUUCAUAUGGCCGACAGUGAGAAGCAGAAGACACGAGACGAGCAACGCCGUGAGAUAGAUAGCGAGCUCAACAAUCGUCUCAAGGAAAUGGAAGAUAACAAUACGGUCUUGAAAGGAAAACUAAAAAGUGAACAGCUCCAGACUACGGUGAAGCUCAAACAACGCGACGAAACUAUUGAACAAUUGACGAAGAACUUGGCCGAAAUGAAGAAACAGCUUGCGCAGCGAGAUGCGGAUCCCGACGGAUUGGUGGCAUUGCAAAGGGAAGUCGAAAUGGCCAAAGCAGAAGCUGUCAGCAUCCAGGAUGAUUUAGCUGAAGCACAGCGCAUGAAUGGCAUGUUGCAGGAAGAAAUUGAAGAUUUCCAAACGACUAGUGUGGAGCUGAGAGGUGAAUUGGAGACGUUGGAAAACGAAAAGAAGCAAUUCUCCACGGAAAUGACCAGACUCAAGGCAAAAUCAGACGAAUGGCAGAAAAAGUCAAGCGAAUGGACAGACAAAGCUUUUCUAUGGAAAGAGAAAGCGGAAUACUGGGAAAAGGUUUGCCGCGAAAUUGAUCCUUACUAUAAAGAAGGAAGCAGUCAAGUAUCGCCUGAAAAGAGCGAAGAUCCUCAAGCCAUGAUGUUGCAAGCUGCAGUUGCGAAAAAGCGAUCGUCAGCGGCGGUGAACAAUCACGGUAGAUGGAACCAAUGGUUCAAUAAGCAGGCGACUGGCGACGAAGCCGAAUUUCAAGCCAAAGUUCAAGAAUUGCAGGAACAGAACAACAGCCAAACACAGCUGAUCAAGAAGCUUCGGAGUGAAAUUGUUAGAAUUCAAAGCAACCACAAAGAAGAAAAUUACACCAAGCAACAACAGAUAAUACAAGUGCAACGGGAAAUGGAAGCCAUCGAACUUCAAAACACCAAUCUUAUGAAGCAGUUGGAAUUGGCUCGAAAGCUGGAACACUUUGCAGCUCAAGAUCUGACUACCACACUAUGA